AUGUUGAACGACUACGAUCCCAGAAUACGACCAAUCCAGAACCAGUCUCAGCCUAUAUAUAUUAAUACAAAAUUCGUACCAUUGGGUCUGAUUGACUUUGACACUACGCUACAACAAUUCUCGAUGAUGGCGUACAUCAGAAUUGGCUGGAUUGACCACAACAUUAACUGGACACCGCGGUUCUACAGCGCGACCUACUCUUUGCGUGUACCCACCCGGCAGAUUUGGACGCCAAACUUAAUUCUUCGGAAGUCUGUUGAUGGACAGGGUGUGAUUGGAGAUGCGGAUACAGACCGGAUCUACGUCUCGUGGAGAGGUCACGUGCAGUGGGUGCCCGAGGCAACAUACUCAGUUGUAUGCAACGUUAACGUCCGAUAUUACCCGUUCGACGAACAGACGUGCACAUUGACAUUCUACGUUCCCGGCGAGUCGGUUGACACAUUAGAACUGGACCAUUAUAAAAACGUCGACAUGAGCGAAUGCAUGGAAAACGCCGCCUGGAUAAUUGUCGGCGUCAGUCGUACCCGCCAUGUUCGUGACAACAACUACAACAUCGACAUCGAGUUCAAGAUGCAGCGUAGGGCUGACUUCACAACCUUCACUUUAGUAGCUCCUCUUCUGAUGUUAGCGUUCCUCAACAUCUGUGUUUUCCUCGUUCCGUCCAACUCCGGCGAAAAGGGCUCGUUCUCUAUCACGAUUUUCCUGGCCUACUCCGUCUACAUGUCCAUGAUGAGCGAAACAUUACCGCACAAUUCAGUUGAGAUUUCCUUCUUUAUUGUGUUUAUUAUCGUCCUGCUCUGUCUCAGCGUCGUUUCCGUCUUUUACACGAUCAUUCAGGCGAAGCUGGCAAGCGCCUUUGGUAACAAGGAGUGUCCUAUUAACUGCUUCCGGCGCACAGUCGAUCGGAACAAAGUAGUUCCAGUAGGACCUGCAGGUAACCUGGAGAAUACGUGUGUGUACACAUGGGGAAACUUCUUUGACCAGCUGGACACCUUUUUGUUCGGAUCUUUCCUCGUGACCAUCACCUUGAUAACCGGGAUCUUCUUCUCGGUUCUGUUACGGAACGUGACGUUUGACGACCCUGACCUCAAUUUUGAACCGGAAGCUACGACAAGGUCCAUGCCUUUUCGCACAACUGUUGCUGCCUAA